UUUGGUUGGUUACACGUAGUGUGAGCAAUCAUCAAUGUUCAGCUCUGUAACCUAAAUGCAAAAGAAAAUCAUACGUAGUUUUUUUGGUAACCGGUAACGUGUUACUCGUUGGAAAAUCGGGAACGUUACGACGUUGGGACUCCUCAAACCUAAAGCAACGGUAACGUGCUUACUCUUUAAAAGUAACGUCAACAACCCUGCACACUAAAUGACUAUUGUGUGUAGGUGGGGUUCACAGCUCACAACCGCAUGCUACCCUCAAUUUCACAUGCGUAGCCCCGGACCACUACCUGGCUCUGCCACACUCUGCUUCAACGAUUUUUCCCGACUUCAACUGAACUUCCGCCUUUGUUCUCGCUGAUGACUGACGGUGCGCAGGACACUGAGCAGGACGAUGGAAGGAGCUCCAUCGAAGGACGGCUUUUUGUUGUGAGCUUUUAAAGUAAGCUAUCACGGCCGCCUAGGCUGACGAUUAGCGCGGUGGACACCUGGCGACGCAGCUCUCCGCAGCCCAAGAGGAACGGCUAACUCAUCUCAUCUCUCCAUGGCGGCCAUCUGACUUCAAGCUCCACAGCGGCAUCAAAACUGUGAGGUGUGCCCACAGUCAUGAUGCUGGUUGCUGCUAAGUGGCACAACUUCUUGGAAAUGAACCCUCAUGCUAAGAAACAAACCGAAGAUGAAGUUGAUGUUGACGAUGUGUGGGAGCGGCCACUCAAACCGAAAAGGAAACGUGACUCUCGCGUCUCCAAACCCGAACGGAAACGCCGUCAAACUCAAAAUCAGAAUCAAAAUCAGAAGAAGCGGGUCACCCAGACUCCGGAACUCGGAGCUCGGACGCGCUACCGGACGCGCACAGACAAAGCCGACGGUGCCGAGGAUUCUUCGAGGACGACUACAUUUGAGGACUUGUUUCCGCAUACCGACACCGCGGGUCCUGUCAGCAAUUCAGAAGAAACAACCACUCUUUCUGAAAACCGGAAGGAACACUCGGCCACUCAGCCUGCCGUGGUCGUGCCGGGACUGACAGCGGUCAGCAUGUGGUGCUUGACGUGCGACGCGCGGCCCCAAGCGCUCUGCCUCAUGGAGCACUUGUUGCGCGGCACGCAGGCCGUGGUGCGCGAGGCGGUCCAGGCCCUGGGCGCCAAGCAGGACGCCGUGGCCUUGGAGCUCCAGCGCGCGCAGGAGUGCCUGCUGAUGUGGAGGGCGUUGGGAAGCGCUGCCGAGGCUCGCCAGGACGCCGCCGCACUCCGCGCCCACACCGCGGCCGCGGGGCGCGUGCUGCAGGCCGUCGAGGGCAUGAGGCAGGCCGUCGAGGACGUCUGUCGGGCCGAGCUGCCCGGUGCCGCGGAGCCGGGACCACAGCAGCAGUCCAACGAGGCUUUGUCAGUUCCUCAAGACAGCACCCAGCCGAAAAUGGAAGACCUCCUUGAUUCUGAAGACCACGAGAUGAACGAGAUGGUCGCUGACAUUCAGCUGCAGGAAGCACCCGAGGACAUCCCGACUCCUCCGCUUACGUCUCGUCCGUACCUUCCUGACGAGUGUCUAGAUGUAAAAUCACUUUGCGAGCUGGAGGACUACAGUCAGGAAAGGGUCGACCUCGUGGAGAUACCCGGCCUGCUGGACAAGGUGCGUCGUCUGGACGGAGUGGAUUGUAGCAAGCACCCCGACUGGUGCAAGUCCCUGCUGGAGCGCGUGGCCCCCCGUGUGGAGUGGCUGUACGUGUACGACGCGGAACGCGCCCACCUCGAGGUGAUUCGACACAUGCCAGCCCUGCGGCACCUGUGGAUCCACCUCGGCUUCACGGAGGGGGACGCCCCCGAGCUGCCCCUGCAGGUGGAGGAACUGACUCUGGAAAACGUAUUGCCCUGCCACUUUCAGUCAAUACAUAGGAUGCCAUUCCUGCGGAAAUUGAGCUUGGAUUGGAGCGACGAUCCAAUCAACGUGGCGUCCCCGCCUCUGCCGCCACACCACCGCGGCCUGCAGUGGCUGUGGGUGUCUCUGCGCCCGCCCUCCACUGUUCUAUCCUUGGCCAAGGCCCACGCGGCCACACUGUUGGAGCUCCGUGUGCUGUGCGCGUCCGAGGGCGGCACCCCCUGGCACUUCCGUCACCUGGCCGACGGCCUGCGGCAGUGCAACCUCGCGGCGCUGCGGCGCGUGGUGCUGCUGCGUGGACCGGCACCGGACUUCCCCGACGACACACUGCCGCACUCGGAGGAGUCCUGCCCUCAGCAGAAGAGGGCAAUCAAGGACGCUCUGCGGGCGCACGGUGCGGGGCAGGGGCGGAGGCGCGUGGUGGUCAUGUGUGGGGAGUGUGACGUCGUGCCGGAAUUCCCCGAACUGGGGGAACUCACCUGGAUUGACGCCUAACUGCGCGAACUUGUGAACGUCCCUCUCAUCUGGAAAGAGGCUGAGAUGCGCUAACCGCUAACUACACUCUAAAUUUUGCAUGUCAUAAAACGCGGAGCAGCACAGUGGGCCAGAAGACCGGUGGAGGUAGACAAAACUCUGGACGCGUUUUGAGCUC